AUGGCUACUUCCGGGCUUAUUAUUUUUGCCUGCGCCUUUACACUACUUCCAUUGCUCACUAAUGUAGCUGCAGGGUCAUACGACAACUACAAAGAUCGAUCUCCAUACGAGUACAAGUCUCCACCACACUAUGAUUAUUACAAGUCCCCUGAACCAUACUAUCAUGAGUCACCACCCUACAAGGCGUACAAGUCCCCUUCGUACUCCUACAAGUCUCCUAAACCUUACAAGUCCCACGAACCCUAUAAGUCCCCUUCGUACUACUACAAGUCUCCUGAACCUUACAAGUCCCACGAACCCUACAAGUCCCCUUCGUACUCCUACAAGUCCCCUGAACCUUACAAGUCCCACGAACCCUACAAGUCCCACGAACCCUACAUGUCCCCUUCGUACUCCUACAAGUCUCCUAAACCUUACAAGUCCUACGAACCCUACAAGUCUCCUCCGUAUUACUAUUCUCCAUCCUAUUAUAAGUCUCCUGAACCACACUAUUAUCACCACUCACCCAAGCACUCCUACAAGUCCCCUUCGUACAAGCCUCCAUCCUACGACUACAAGUCUCCUCCUUACUAA